UUGGGUUUGGGUCUGGCUUCUAUACUGUUUUCACUUCGCCUAUGCCCAGAACAGGACAACAGUAUAGGGUUUUACAGAGGGACGCUCAGAAUCGUCAAGAGAGAAAGAGAGAGAGAAUGUGGAGGCCAGCGGUACAAGGAAGGAGGGCAUUUCUCAGUAGACUUGUAGCAAAGGAAAGCUUUCAUGGCCUCCAAGACCGCGCCUUUCUUGUUCUUCUUCCUCACGUAUCCAGCGAUCAAACUUUAGCUCCAUUGAGUUCAUUUGAAUCUUCAUUUCGUUAUUAUUCUCAUUGGGUUUCUUCUAAAUCUUGUUUACGUGAAUCAACAAGACUUUUCUCAUCAAACCCAUCUGAACAAUCCGAAUCUCUAGGUUCUGAAGCCUUUGAAAAUGAUAAAGACUCUGUUUUUGGAGACAAUCUUGGAGUUGUUUCAUCCGAGCCCUCUGUUUUUGAUGGAAUUGAGGAUACCCUUGAAGCUGAAAAUGGUUCUGAUUUUGGAGAUAAUGAGGUUGUAGUGGAAGAUGAUGAAAAAGCUGAGGAAGUAAAUUUGGAGAAAUUGGAGAGUGUGCUGUCUCUAUUGCAGAGCAGUGGUAUUGUUGAUGGAUCUAUAGAGUCUAGUCUUGAGGAAAUUGGGUUGUCUUUGAAUGAGGAGUUAGUUGUUAGAGUGCUUGAGACGCCCUAUGUUCCCGGGGAGAAUUUGAUUUCGUUUUUCAAGUGGGUCUUGAAGAAACCCGAGUUCUUAGUGACGAGUAGGGCGGUUGAAUUGCUGGUUACUGCAAUCUGCAUUGAAGGUAGAAAUGUCUAUGCUUUAUGGGAUUUGGUGAAGGAGAUUGGAGAAAAGGAGAAAGGGAUAUUGAGUGCUGAGAUUCUUAAUGAAUUGAUUGCCUUAUUGUCAAGAUUAGGCAAGGGAAAGGUUGCAUUUGAGAUCUUUAAUAAGUUUGGGGAUUUAGGAUGUGCACCAAAUGCUGAUACAUACUAUUUUACCAUUGAAGCUCUUUCUAGGCGUUCGAUUUAUGAUUGGGCUUCUACUGUUUGUGAGAAGAUGCUAAAUGCUGAUAUGUUGCCUGGGGCUGACAAAGUAGGAAAGAUUGUUUCUUUUCUGUGUAAAGGAAAUAAGUCUAGAGAUGCCCAUCUGGUUUACUUGUCGGCAAAGGAGAAAAAUAUCAAUCUACCUGUAUCUUCUAUUAAGUUGUUGAUCAGCUCUCUUUGUCGCCAAGAUGAAGGUGUUAAACUUGCAAUGGAGAUGUUGGAUGAGUUCCCUAAAGAAGAGCGGAAGCAUGCCAUUAAGUCAUUCUCACAUGUCAUCAAUGGGUUGUGUAGGGCAAAUGAUGUAACAGGGGAAAAGCAGCUGCGUUCCUAUUGCAGUGAAGACAUCGAAGAGGCCAAAAACCUGCUCUUAAAAAUGAUAGAUGCAGGUCCACCACCUGGCAACGCAGUCUUCAAUGCAGUUAUUAAUGCACUCUCGAAGAAGGGAGAAAUGGGAGAAGCUAGGAAACUGUUGAAGGUGAUGGAGGAUAGAGGUUUGAAACCUGAUGUGUACACUUAUAGUGUAAUUAUGAGUGGUUAUGCAAAAGGAGGUGAGAUGGAGGAGGCCUGCAAGAUUUUGAAUGAAGCCAAAAAGAAGCACUCCAAUCUAAGUCCUGUCACUUAUCACACAAUUAUUCGGGGCUAUUGCAAGCUUGAACAGUAUGACAAGGCUCUGGAACUAUUGCGAGAGAUGAAGGAGUAUGGAGUUCAGCCUAAUGCGGAUGAAUAUAACAAAUUUAUUCAAUCUCUCUGCCUUAAGGCUUUAGAUUGGACAACAGCAGAGAAGCUGCUUGAGGAGAUGAAGGAGAAUGGGCUGCAUCUAAAUGCAAUCACAAAGGGUCUCGUAAGAGCAGUUAAGGAGUUAGAACAGGAAGAAGUAGGAACAAAUGAAAUAAUGGCUACAGCAUAGUAGGUACCCGAUCUCCGCCUUUAGCUGUAGGGAUAUGUAUCUUCUGUUUCACUUUUAUGUUAUGGUCUGAGAUAAAUAGCAGGCUUAAAACUGUAAUACCUGCAUUUUGUAUGCUGAACAGCCAUUAGAAUUCUGAAGAAAGGAUUUUUUUUUUCAUUUUUAAAUAAUGUUUGCUGCCAAAUUUCUUGAAUUGAAUGGAUCAGAAUGAUAGCUUCAUAACGAAGACUUUUAAAGAGGCA